CAGAGGGACAGCACAGCUCCCGCUACAGCUUCGUGUCUGGGCCUGCCCGAAAUGUCAAACUAAAAAGUUGAUAUCCACUAUUCCCCCUCACGAAUGCGAACACUCUCUAGAAACCAAGCUGUUCUCUGGUCUCGCCAUGUUCUUCUCAACACCAAUUCCCGUCUCUCUGUCAUGAUAUCUCUUUAAUUGCUAUACACAACAUUUCCACAUCAACAAGCACGUCCCCCCUCCGAUGGAUCUCACCAGGCUGGGAUCCCCCAACCAUCGCCCCCUCCGCCGCCCGUGAACGCGAGUCAAGCUCCCCGUCGAGUCUCCUCCUCCUCCUCCGCUCCGAGUCCACUCCCACUCUCUCCAUAUGACUCCACAAACUUCCCACUGCUGCCGCCUGCUCCAGCUGAGUCGAACUCGGCGAAUCCCGUCCAUCCCCCGAAGCCCACUCCCGACCGGCCCUCCGUGUUUGAUCGGCGACGCCGCCGAGUUCCCACAUCUCGCCAGUUUUGUCCAGACCACACGGAGGACGGUGGGGAGCGUGCCCGGUCCGCUCGAGGCCCGCCGCCGGCUGGGGAAACGGAACCUCGGAGACCUCAACGCCUUACAAUGUCCGCCCACUCCACCACCAUGGGCCUUCCCUUACCCAGUUGACCUGAGUCAGUGGAAAUGGGAGCCGCCAUCUUCAGCUUCGGCCCAACAUGUCGCCUUCGACAACGCCGACCUUUUCGUAACCGGUUGGACGGCGCACCAAGACUUGCGACAGUCAAAAAACGAACCGAUAACACCACAGUUCCUAGAACAAUGCGCGAUAGAGGAGGGAAUAGAAAGCUUCGAGGAUACACAGCACUCGGCUCAGGAUAAUAUCCCAUUCGAUGAACCAUGGUCAGCGCAAGAGGAAGCAGAAAGUUUCGAGGAUACACAGUACUCGACACAAAACGAUAGACCAUUUGAAGGCUGGCCUUCACAAGAAAGCGUGGAAGUUGCAAACUCUGAGAACAGCAGUCACUCGACAACCGCAUCCGACAUCUUUGACGAAACCGGUAAUUUCACUUGGGACCCGAAAGCGCAAGAUACGUUGGAGCACUCCGAUUAUCAAAUAAUUACACCAGAAUGGUUGGCAGAAGAUGAGCCGGAAUGGUCGGCAGAAGACGAACUAGAAGGCCAAGAGGACACACAGCACUCGGCCCGGCAGGAUAUCCCAUUGGAAGAAGGGUCCGUACAUGGAGCAGUCGACAGUUCAUGGACGGUGGACCUAGGGACUGCGACUUCGACGAACACCAACCAUUCGACAACUGCACCCGACGUCUUUGACGAUUCAGGCUUUUUUACCUCAGUUCCAGAAUCAGAAAUAGACCCAAAGAAUAAAAAGCCCAAAGAUCAGUGGAUAAGCCCAGAGGCCUUUAUGGAACAAUGGUCAACGUUAGAACCACCGGAGGAAGCAGAGCCUACAAGACCAGAGGAUACCGAUCCCUCGGCGGUUCAACUACCAGCAUGGUUUCAAGAUCCGGAGAAGAUAGACAUAAGGUCCCUGACAAGAGGAGGUGACCUCCAGUCAUUUUCGGAAGCGCUGGGACAAACGAUGCCAGAGGAAUUAGAAAACAUGGAGAGGGACAUUGAGCUGGAAACCUUGGGCCCAGAGGCCGUUCCGGAAGAAGAGGCAGAAGAGGAAAUAUUGGAGGAGGAACCACAAUACCCGUCAGCACAGUAUCUAAGUCUUCGACAAGACGUAGAGCGUCUACAUGCGGCAUUUACAGAACCCCUAGCGAUCUUUGCGGAAAUGUUCAGUGGAAUAUGCGCCAACCUCAAGCAACAUAUCGCUCUUGGCGAGAUAUCAGCCAUAGAACUCAGGGCUAUCUCGCAUGAGCUGAUCCGAACCAUACAAGAGAGAUGGGGCGAAGACGAGGAGAUGAUGCAGACCCAUUACGCGGCACUGUACAACAUGACGCAGGCACAGUUGGCCGUGUUCAUUAAAGCCAUUAUUGACGGCGUCAGGAGUUCCGAAACUCUCACCGCAGACGCCGUUGAACCUGCCUUCUGGCGUCAGUUUUUCGAGUGGAUGUCCAAACUCGAAGUCGGCAACGAGCUGUAUUUCCUGUUCUACUGGGGAAUGCGCACCGUAUCCCAACCCGGUAUCAAGAAGGGUAUGGAAGGCAUUUUAACAGUCCUCGAACGGAUCCUCACAGGAUGGGCUGCUCAGCCGCCAGGAACCACAGAUCUUGGGGAAGGCCCUGACGGGGGUCAACUGAGUGAGGCUGAUAAAGCCACGCCGAACGUUGACGAAAAGGAUAUCGACGAGAGCGAUUUCGACAAUAAUGAUUUGGACCAAGUCAAAUUUCACGAAGAUGUCACGGAGGAAGUCGAUAUUGACCAAAAUCAAGAUUUAUACCUGGAAUGGCCUCCACCAGAUCCCAAGUCAAUCAGCUGCGUCGACUCCGUACUGUUUGCGCUUAACAUACGUUCCAGAGGGGAGAACCCUCAGAGAAACAGUUUACAUGUUCGAUGGGUCUCUGCGGCCUUGGAAGCCGUCUCCCCACAUAAGCACAGUAUCCUUUUUGAUGCAGCCACCGAACUCGUCUUGCAACUCGGUUCCAGUCCAGAGGGGAUGGGGAGUCCGGUAGUACACAACUGGCUCUCUGUGCUUGCCCAGAUGGACGGGGUCAACACGCAAUUACUUUGCGAUGCUCUUGACGCCUUUAAGACGGUACCUGAAACCAUCGAGCACUUGGGCAACUUUCAUAUGUGCUCGCUGAUGCUCUUUCACUGGGCCAGUCGAGAUCGCCUAAGGAGACGAUUUCUUACGGCCAGAAUAUACAGACACAAGCAUGAGGCAUACCAAGUUGGUCUCGACAAUAGCCAACUCGCGUGCCUUGCCAUGGCCAUAUAUGAGUCCGAACCAGCGACAAAUCAUACCCUUCUGUUCACCAGCAUGUUUCAUAUUCUCCGAUCGUUCAACCGGGUUCAUCACCUCCCCAGGGCCCUCAAGAAGUUCGCACGAAGAGGCUUUAUUAACCGCACUCUUCUCGAAGAUCUUGCCUAUCUUUGUGACGACCACAAGGUGGCUCUCAAGAUGCGCCGCAUUUGGGAAGCUUAUGCCUGGAAAAAGAAAGCGAUAGGUCCCGUGUUCAGGGAAAAAUUGGAAAAAAGGAUGAAUUCCAAAUUGCCGCCCAAGAUGGAUGACGGCGACAAGCAGAAACCGUUCAGCACUCACGUAUACCUAAAGUAUGCCAAGGCCAUCAUUGCCGACCCCAGCAUCAGAAUAUCCACCAUCUGGAAAGUCCUCGACAUUCCCCGGUUCCAAGAGGCAUUCGACCCCGGUAGAGUCUCCUUGGAGGACCAAAAAAAGCGGCUGAGCCUCCAUGGAAACCUGGGUGACAAGCGCGCCACAGUCGUUGCGCAGAUCGCGCCCCUGUUCGCAAACGUAGAGCACCUCUCCGACAGACAGAAAUACCGGUUGAUGCAGCAGUCCAUCAGCUAUCUGGAGGAGGUUGAGGCCAUCAAGGCCGCCCGCGGCAUGGGCGGUCUCACUGACCAGGACAUUCAGUCCACCGUCCAGCACACGCUUGACUCCAACAGCGACAGAUACAGCGAGUCCAACGACCCUAUCCACCAGCCCAAUCCAUGGAACCAAGGGCUAAGUGCGGACGUCCUCAUGGCUCUCUACAAGGUCGUAACGAAGGACUUGGUCAUGGGCAGACCGGGUAGGGAGACGAGGCUCAGGUAUUUCAUUCAGUGUAUGGAGAGGCAUUAUGGGCCGGAGGUGGCGAGAGCGACGAGGCAGAAGUUGGUGGACUGGAGGACCAAGCUUUAUGAGCAGGAUAAGCCGAAUUCUUAUCAGGUUAGGAGGAGGAGGGAGUUGAAGCAGGUGUCGUAUUAGGUGGAGAGCGGCGUAUAUACCCGGAGCAAGCAUGCGUGCACAUCUCGUUUACUUCUUCUUCUGGACAUGACUCAAUCUCAAUACGUUUAACUUCGAAAAAUAUUUGUUUACAUCCUGGUUCUAU